AGCAGGGACAGUGUGCUUUCUAGCACAUUAUUUUAGCAUAUAACAUUUUGUAUUUCUUGUAUUUUCACUCAUUUUGUAUGAGAAGUUGGAUGUAAAAAUGUCAACAGCAUUAGAAGUGACUGGAUUCUUCAUGUGUUUGGUGGGCUGGAUUGUUACUGCCCUUGCUGUGGCUAAUGACUACUGGAAGAUAUCUAGCUUGCAAGGCACAGUGAUCAUUUCGAACCGCCUUUAUGAGAACUUGUGGCAUGCUUGUGGCGAGGACAGUUCUGGAAAGGCCAACUGCCAAGAUUUUCAAUCCAUGUUGGCUUUGCCAGUUCAUAUUCAGGCAUGUCGAGCAUUAACGAUCAUCGCCCUGAUCCUGGGGCUGGUUGGUAUCAUUUUAUCUAUCAUGGGGCUGAAGUGCAUUAAGUUUGGGUCGAAAACAGAUGAGUCAAAAGGCAAGACUAUGGUCAUUGGUGGCAUUAUCAUCAUCUCUGCAGGUCUUUGCACUAUGGUGGCCGUAUCUUGGUACGCUGCGCGGAUUGUUGCAGAAUUCAAUGAUCCAUUUUAUGGUGGUGUCAAAUUUGAGCUCGGUACUGGUCUCUACAUAGGUUGGGCUGGUGCAGCGCUGUGUAUACUGGGUGGUGCAUUCCAGUGCAGUGCCUAUCAAAGAGUCUCUAAAGCAAAAGAAAAAGGGGCAUACUACCCAGGUGGUAAGCCAAAGACAAUCUAUACCGCAGCUCCAUCUAACACAGAGACUUCAAAAGCUUAUGUUUGAGAUACCAGGGUCACCCAUAUAAACAAGGCUGAACUGUUGUUGCGUUGAUGUUUGUUUUACUCCAUUAUGUUUUCUCUGCUUUUUUUAGGACUACACUGUGUUCAUGAUGAAUGUAAAAAUUACUUAAAUUAUCAUGAAUGUUGAACUUCUGGAAUAAAAUACAUUGUCUAAUUCAAUUUAUGUAAUUAUUUUGCCAUAGUGGUUGUGAAUGUGUUUAGACUUUUGUUUUUAUGUAUAGGGGAGACUGAGGCGAGCUUUUUACAGCAGGAAAUAUUUCUCACAGUGGGUUUGUUUUUAAAAUUUUAAUUCUCUAUAAGUAAGCUACAUACAUUACAUAUUGGCUACAAAAAAAUAUUUCCACCAUUUUUGCCCUGGAAAACAAAUACACAUGGCAGCAGGGAAUGUUGGCAUGUUGUCACAUUAUAUUAGCAAGUUGUCAGAGUGGGACCUGCUGUUAAAUAGCCAGACAAACAGUCAUAAUGUCAUAAUGUCAAAUUACAACACAUACUUACAGACAACUGCUGAUGUUAGAUUAGCCGCACGUUAGUAUUUGAGUCAUUCCACGAAACCGGUACGAUUUGGACUUACACAUUUUCAGAUUUUUUACCAAAAAAUAUUACUUUUCUGAACACCCCACA